AUGGUCGCUGCGUCGAGCAAUAAGCAGAAGAAGGCGAAGAAGACCGGCAAGAAGACCGGCAAGAAGAACGGCAAGCGCACGCCCGUGAACCUGCUGGCGAACUUCAACAGUAAGUGCUCGUCCGCGGGCGCGCGUCGCCUGGCGUGCGAUGCCUCGCUCGACGUUAUCCGUGACGCCAUGUUCCCCUCGAAUGACCACCACUGCCAUCACGCGGCAACUGACUCUGUUGAUACAGGCGGAUUUGCCUGUGGGGACUUUCACCUGCACAGCACCUGCAGUGACGGCAAGCUCAAGCCCAACAAGGUGAUCGCCAAGGCUGCGGCCAAUGGCGUGACGUUCAUGUCGCUCACGGACCACGACACCAUGGCCGGCGUGGGCGAGGCGAUUGCGACAGCGCAGAAACUAGGCGUCUUGGUGUUCCCUGGCGUCGAGAUCAGCGCCGAGGUGAAAGGUGGAGAGAACCUGCACAUCUUGGGCUAUUUCUACCCGGGAUCGGACAGUGCCGAAUUGGAAGCACAGCUGCUGAAGAUCCGUACAGGGAGGUACAAGCGUGGCAAGGCGAUGCUCAAGAAGUUGGAGGCCAUGGGUAUCAAACUCGAAUGGGAACGAGUGCUCGAAAUUGCAGGCGAAGCAGCACCUGGCAGACCACACGUGGCUGAAGCCCUGGUGGAAGGAGGUCAUGUGGUCGACUUUCGCCAGGCUUUUGCGCGGUAUCUGCAUAAUGACGGUCCUGCUUACGCCGAGGGUGAGCACUUCCCACCUGAAGAAGCGAUCAAGCUCAUUGCUAGCGCUGGCGGUGUCUCUGUUCUUGCCCAUCCCUGGUGCUGCAAGGACCCAAUGACGCUGGUUCCAGAGCUUGCUAAGCUUGGCAUACAGGGCAUCGAAGUCUAUCACGAUAAAAAUAAGGUCGACAUGUAUGGCGCCUUGGCAAAGGAAUCGGAGCUGCUUCGAAUGGGUGGAUCGGACUUCCACGGCAUCAACUCCAAGACGGAGCGUGAACCGGGUGCCAUUCCCUUCCCGCGCCCGCAUGUAAAACGUUUUCUCGCCCAUGCCCUACGUGUUUGGGAACGUCCGCUUGUCGAGCGAUUGCGGUCUAUUGCGCAGUCCAUGAAGCUAGCAGGUCCCGAUGCGUGUGCGCCGGAAGAGUUGCUCAUUUGGAGAGAGCAGGAACCGCUGGCGCGCCAAACCUUGGAUGAACUAGGCGUGGCAGCGAAAAUCGUGGAGAGCGAAGAGAUGCGAGCCCGAAUCACCACCAACGGCGACAACGAUUGCAGCAGCUUCUACCGGGCUAUUCGCUUCUCUUCGCUUGUUCGAGGAGGUGUCUAG